AUGUAUCGCCAGGUGGUAAUACACCCAGUGGAUCGUGAUUUCCAGAGGAUCGUAUUCCUUGAGCAGGACGAUCAACCGAUCAAGCACUAUCGGUUGUGCACUGCGACGUAUGGGACCCAGUGUGCCGCAUACCCAGCCAUUGAAGCGUACGCAGCGGUGGUGUAUACUAGAGGGCGGAAUGACUCAGAAGAAAUAGUCGUGAAUCUUCUGGCCGCCAAGACAAGGGUGGCUCCAAUCAAACAAGUAGCCCUACCGAGGUUAGAGCUCAAACGUAGCAGCUUUACUGUCAACUCUGAUGGAAUCGAUAAUGCAAGCAUUCAACCAUCUGGAAGUGGAGCCUUGGACAUAUACAGACAGCAGCAUCGUUCUCAAAUGGUUAUCCGCUCACCCCCACAAAUGGAAAACGUACGUGGUCAAUCGUACGUCGGCAAUCUUGGAAGUGCUGGAAUCACGUUCGAAGCGAGGACAACCCAGCAGACUUGUGGGCCAGACGAAUUGACGUCGGAAGCUGAACUCUGGAAGCGAGUCCCUGUCGAGCAGGCCGACGAUGAAGAGUUACUGGAGUUACCUCGGUUGAAGGUACUUCACUCUGCGAUACCGAUCAUCAGAACAAACUACGACAUCGAGACAAGCCUAUUGGAGCGGCAUUCAAACUACAUGCUCAUCGUGCGCACACUAGCGUACGUCAAUAGAUUCUUGUUGGCACUCAAAGUGGACAACGAGAAUCUCAACGUUGGACUUUCUCCGAACGAAAUCUACGAUGCCAAGAUACAACUGGCCAGAGCUGCACAGUACGCCGCAUACAAGCCGGAACUGGAACUGAUGCGUGUGGGUGGACGCUUGCAAAAUUCUGCGUACCCAUACGACGUCAAACACCCGGUCAUUCUUCCAGCCAACUACAAAGUGAGCGAGUUACUUCUGCGAGACAUUCAUCUGCGCAAUCUCCAUGCGGGCCCCAGUCUACUAGCAGCGACAGUCAAUAGUACUAGGUGCGUGGACUAUGUCGGUUCACUGAAGGUUCAUGCAUCCUGCGUCCGCGGGGUGAAAACGACCAAGGGCUACAUCGUGGUAUUUGUGUGCAUGGCCACAAAGGCUGUGCACUUGGAGGUUGCCAGUGAUCUCUCGACGAACACCUUCGUCUGUGCACUGAAGCGGUUCAUCUCCAGGCGAUCUCAUCCGAACGAGAUAUGGUCCGAUUGUGGUACAAACUUUGUAGGAAAGGACCACUGUUUGGAGGAUAUUCAAGGUGCGAAACAGUCUCACAACGAAGCAGCAGGACGAUUUCUCUCCAACUUGGGAAUAAAGUGGGUGUUCAACCCGCCUUCAGCGCCUCAUUGCGGUGGCAUUUGGGAGGCGGCGGUGAAGAGCGCCCAGAUACAUCUAGUCGCGGUCUUGGGCGCCGAAGCAGCAACGUACGAAGAUCUCUCAACGGUUUUAGCCCUGAAACCUCGGAGUAAGUGGCGUACCACCAAGGCCAACGUGGAGAAGGAUCAGCUGGUGCUGGUCAAGAAUGGGAGUUGGCGCGUAUUGUCAAGCAACACCCGCAACACCCGGACUCGACAGGAGUCAUCCGGACAGUUACGAUGCGGCGUGGUCAAGCGGAGUACUCCCGCCCCAUACAGAAGAUCUGCGUGCUACCGUCGGAUUGAGACACUGGUGCCUCAAGGUGGGGGUGGAUGUUCGCAUAUGAACGCCUCCCAACCCUGCCGAGCAUACCUGUAUUGGCUAACCCUUGCGCAACUAGGGCAAAGGUACCAAUAG